AUGUUCAAGAAGUUCAAGGACAAGAUCAAGGGCGAUGACAGCUCUUCAAGGCCGUCAUAUGGGACAGACCAACACAAUCAGCACUCAAACAACCCUUACUACAGCUCUCCUCAAGACCAGCAGCAUAACAUAGCGCCGACGGAGAAGUAUCAAGCACCGCCUGGCCCGCCGCCGAACCAGGCUUCAUCCUCGUCUGGGUACUCCGCUCCGCCAGGUCCUCCACCGAGCCACGGGUCAUCUUCUUAUACUGCUCCUCCAGGGCCUCCACCUAAACAAGAGUUCUCAGGUUACGCACCCCCAGCAGGGCCUCCUCCUUCGUAUCCACAGCAACCCCCUCCUAGCUGGGAUCCCCCGCCAUACCACGACUGGACAGUCGUACCUGACACUGCACUUCUACCCCCACCACCUUCGAUGGGUUACGAUAGCUCUCCAACUGCUAAUGCAUCGACUGAAGAUGGCGAUCGUGCCUUGGCUUGGACCAACAUGAAUCCUUUGUGGCCACCACAGAACCUGCAGCCUAGCACUCAUGCUGCGAUUCAAAACGGGCAGCUUGCCCUACUGAAAGCGCCAUCGUAUCUGGGUGAUCUACUCCCUCAACCUCAGGCAGGACACUGGCGUUGUCGCACUCAUGCGAACUGCAGGGAUUCGAGUAUUCUCACAAAUCUGCCCAUGUACAGCGUGUUUUGGGACUCACCGCUCAACACACAACGCUCCAAGACUGUCUACUUUGAACUCAAAGUCCUUGGAAUCGGUCGCGGUGGCUUCUCUUUCUCGGAAGCAGACGCCGGUAUCGCGAUAGGCUUCGUUGCGCCGCCUUAUCCUACGUUCCGUCUCCCUGGCUGGGAACGUGCCAGUCUUGGAGUGCAUGGAGAUGAUGGAAGAAAGUACGUCAAUGAUGCAUGGGGCGGUAUCGACUUCACCUCGGCUUUCAAGCCCGGCGACACUGUUGGUAUUGGCAUCACCUUCUCGGUUCCGCGCAACCCGCCAUCAUACGAGCAGUCGCAACACGGAAGGAUGCUAGAUAUCGACGUAUUCUUCACGCGUAAUGGAGUAAAGGAAGGCGGUUGGGAUGGUAACGAGGAACUCGACGUGCGAAGCGAGGGAGGCAACACGGGACUGAGGGGCGAAUGCGAUCUCUUUCCGGCGAUUGGCGUGUUUGGCGGUCCGCUCGUCAUGUCGGCAACUACACCAUACUCGCCUCAGAACUUUGGCUACCCGUUGAUGCUCGAAGACUAUGUCCCGGUCCCACCUCUACCGACUACUGUCGCAGAUCUCUGCGCCACGUGUCAUGCACCUGAUGCGAAGAACAAAUGCAGCAAAUGCAAGAACAUCCGCUAUUGCUCGCCAGCCUGUCAAAAACACGAUUGGGUUUCCAGCCACAAUCUCAUUUGCAAGCCUUACGUCAAAGCCAUCGAACACGCCGUCUACGAUGGCAUACGACGGGUGUUAUACUUCCCCGUCGAUUCAGCCAAGCCUGUUUUCUCUGUCCUUGCUUUCGAUGAGGAAGGUACGGUAGGCGGUCUCGAACAACACUUCCCAGGUGUACCGGUUUCGGAGAUCAAGAAACUAUCAUUCCACAACCGCUACUUUCCGUAUUUCAUCCAGAUCAACUACGACAUGAACGCAAAGGGAAAGCGUGCACUCACUGAGAACAAGAGCCUCGGACUGCCGUUUCGCGGUCCAGUCGUAGUCUUGGCAUAUGACCUGGACAUUGCGCUGAGUGGUCCAGCGUUGAACGCUGAUGCCUCGAUCAUGCGGCCAUUGAUGGAGUACGUUGAGCUGUUGCGCGAGUACGAUGGACCGAAAUUUGUCGAGCAGCCGCAACAGAGGUAUACCGAGGCAGAGCUGAACGUUAUCAUGGGCUCGCCUUCUGUAUCUGGUGAAGCAAGGACGUGA